GCGGAUGAUGAGUUCCCGUGCAGCCAUUCGUGUAUCCCGAUUGAGUUAAGAUGUGACACCAAGUGUGAUUGUGAAGAUGACUGCGCUGAUAUGAAUGGAUGCGAUACAUUUCCAUGUCAAGCAGGAUACCAUAAGUGUAACAAUAAUCACUACUGCAUACCUCCUCAUCUAUUGUGCAAUUUCGUUGACGAUUGCGGAGAUAAUUCAGAUGAAGAAAAAUGUUAUCAUCCAGAAUGUUAUAAACUAGAAUUCAAAUGUUCUAACAGGCAGUGCAUUAACGCAGGGUUUAUGUGUGAUGGAAAUCCUGAUUGUUUUGAUGGUAGCGAUGAGGCUCGCUGUGAUGAAGAUCACUACGUUCUUUGUGAUAAUGGUAAAAAGAUCUACGAACAUGAAUGGUGUGAUCGCAAUGUUGACUGUCCAGAUAAUGAAGCAGAUGAACAAAAUUGUGAUUGUACCGCCGAUGAAUAUAAGUGUCCCAAUGGCAAAUGCCUUCGACCAUCGGUCAGAUGCAACGGAGUCUGUGAUUGUAUGUCUUGCGAAGAUGAAAAAGAGUGCACGGAUGAAGAUAUGUGUAAUUACGAGACAAAUGGGAUCCUUUGUGCGAUAAAAAACAACAAACCAGCUCCUUGUGUACGGCAGGAAUAUAUCUGCGAUGGAUACUUUGACUGUCCUCGAAAUAUGGAUGAGUACAACUGCCAGAUUCCAGGCAAGGUUUCCGGCUCCUGUGACCCGGAGGGAAUUAAUCCCCAUAUGAUGUGUGAUGACAAAGAUGGACUCGACGAUCCUCGAUGCGUGCCUAGUAAGGUGCUUUGUGACCCUUAUCGACGACCUAACUGCAUGUAUGGUUUCGACGAGCAGACCUGUAAUGUGACUCGUCCUUGUGAUCCCGAGUUAGAAUUUGAGUGCCCGUAUGGAAGAUGUAUUGACCUUUCAAGUCGGUGUGAUGCACAUCUCGAUUGCUUCGAUUUCUCGGAUGAAGCAAAUUGUGAGUCUUUCGAGUGUCCACCUGGAACGUGGAAGUGUCAGAGUGGUCAAUGUCUGCCGGAGAUUCUGAAGUGUGAUUACACCCCUAGUUGUUUCUAUGUCAAUGGAACGAUCGAUUCAUCUGAUGAAGAUCAUUGUGACUAUAAGUUCUUAAGCUGCAAGGAGGGUGAGUUCAGGUGUAGUAAUGAUCAGUGCAUACCACAAGAGGAUGUAUGUUUCUUGGAUACUACGGGAUACAAAGGAUGCAAGGACGAAUCUCAUCUUUUUGACUGUGGCAACUGGAACUGUCAGGACAACGAAUUUAAGUGUCUGAAUUCUUAUUGUAUCAAUAUGAGUGAUGUGUGUAACGGCCCCAUAGAUUGUCGCCGUUCCUGGAUAGACGAAGUUUUCUGUCCCUACAGUUGUGGACCUGCAAAUUUGUGUACAUGCAAUCAAACGCGAAUGAGCUGUAUUAAUCUUGGAUUUGAAUCAUUCCACAAUUUCCACGUCGAUGACGACAUUCAUGACAUAAAUCUGAGUGGAAACAGGAUUAAAAUCUCAAACGAGGUCCUUGUUAACAUACCCGGGCUGCUUCGUUUGGACCUAUCCAAUAAUAGCAUGAAUGAUAUCGAUAAUGAUACAUUCAGUGGCUUGGCCAAUCUCACUUAUCUAAAUUUGGAGAACAAUAAUAUCACGGUGAUCCGCAAGGAAAAUUUCAAAGGUUUGGAAGGUUUGCAAUCACUGCUACUUAGAGGAAACAACAUCAACAUGAUAGAGCCACACGCAUUUGAAGGAUUGAAGAACAUCACAACGCUAGAUUUGAGUCAUCAGAACUUAACGGAAAUCCCAAACGCUGCUUUUGUAGGACUUUACAAGCUCCGUUUCUUAGACCUUUCAGCCAAUCAAAUCAUAGUUGUGCCGGAUGGUGCUUUCUUCGGCCUAUAUCAACUCAGGAAAUUAGACAUAUCGGGGAAUGCAAUUGAAGUUGUUAGCAGACGAACAUUUAACAUGCGUCUCUUGGACGAACUAAUAACGGAUGAAUAUCGCUUCUGCUGUAUGGCUCGCCACGUGUCUAAAUGUCUCCCUCUACCAGAUGAGUUUUCAUCAUGCGAAGAUCUCAUGUCAAAUCCUAUCCUGCGCAUGUGCAUAUGGAUUAUCGGCAUGAUUGCUUUGAUCGGAAACCUGUUUGUAAUCCUGUGGAGGGUCAAUAGCAAGCGAGAUAAUAAGGUUCACUCUUUUCUCAUAACUAACCUCGCCGUGGGUGACAUGUUUAUGGGCAUCUACCUUCUCAUCAUCGCAUGCGUCGACGCUUAUUACCGCGGUGAUUACAUCGUCCAUGAUAAACUCUGGCGGAGCAGUGGUCUCUGCAAAUUCGCCGGCUUCUUGUCCACAUUUUCCAGCGAGCUGUCUGUGUUCAGUCUCACAAUCAUUACUCUUCAUAGGUUAUCUUCAAUCGUAUUUCCCUUCCGAAUCAAAGACAUGGAGUUCACUCGCGCGGUCUGGGUUAUGGGCGUGUCCUGGGGAUUGGUGGCUUUUCUGGCUGCUCUUCCUCUAUGCGGAGUGGCGUACUUCGGUAACUUCUACGGACGUUCAGGUGUGUGUCUUGCCCUCCACAUCACACCAGAUAGACCCAGUGGAUGGGAAUAUGCCGUAUUCAUCUUCCUGGGUCUAAACUUUGUUUCGUUUAUGACAAUCAUGGUAUCAUAUGGAGUCAUGUUCAACGUUGCGAGGAAGACCCAGAAGGCAGCUAUGAGAUCACUCAAGUCAAAAGGAAGUGAUUCAAUGGCUAGGAGGAUGUCUGUCAUUGUCUUUACAGACUUCUGCUGUUGGGUUCCUAUUAUUCUGUUGGGCGUGGCCUCCUUAUCUGGCGCGUAUGUACCAGCUUCUGUGUAUGCUUGGGUAGCUGUGUUUGUGAUGCCAGUCAACUCAGCAGUCAAUCCGAUCCUCUACACCCUAGGUAGCGCCAUCACCGUCCGUCGAGCAAUACAAAGGUUCUCAAUAAACCCUUCAACAACGGUCACUUCAGAAUACAAGACUGUUAUGAACAAUUCCUCAGAUCGGAAACAGGGUGGAUACAAGGGGCGUCCUCUGCGGACAAUGUCAACGAACGCAAAUGAAUAUUGCAAACCAGCUCCCACGGCUACGACGACGACCACUACGGCGAAACCUAAGCCUCAACCGUGCAAGGAGGAAACGAUUAAAAUGAUCGACCUCGGGAACCGACAACACGUCACCGUAGAUGAUGGGGAGAACAAGGCUUUGACGUCGACUUGCAAUAACAAUGAAAGGACACCAAACAAUGUGUGAAUAUUAUUCCAGCAACCGAAAACUAAGACAGAUAUUUCAUGGAGUUACUUUAGUAACUCCCUGAUAUUUGGUGUUUUCGUUGUGACAAGCACAGUGGAGCCUGAACAGUGUCGGCCUUGUCUGUAAUUUUAGUCAUGAAAAAGGUGAACAAAAGAGACAGGUCUGAAGAAACUCUAUUGCGAUUCGGAAACUUUGUGAAAUAUUAAGACGAGAUCAGACUUCUCGUUCGUUACAGCAGAUUUUUGAGCGUACUGGUCAUGAUGAGUCAUAAUGUUAUUCUACAAAACAGAGGGUAGUAUUAAAAUUCAAUUUUUCUGCAAAAGAUCUGAGAGGAAUAGGCCUACAUGACUGGUGGAGAAAUCGUCCAAUUUAUCCCCAAAUGCCAAACAAUACCUUCUUUUAAAUUACAUUGAUUUUAUUUGGAGAAAUUAUAUUUUAUAUUCAAUUUCCGUGUGUGUAUGAUUUAGAGGAGGAAGCACAAAAGACGUUUUUGUCAUGUGUUACUACAACUUAGAUCGUAACUAGAAUAUUGGGGUUUAUAUAUCUUGAAUACGACUUACUUUUGUGACCUGCAAUUUGCCCCCUUUCUCUAUUACUAUUUGAAGCUUUGUAUAAGUUUGUUCCUACCUAUCUCCCUAUAUUCAUUUUAUUUUUAUAUCUGAUGUUUGUUUUCUGUAGUUCUUUUCAUAGUUACAUUUCAAAGAUCAGUUAUCAAAACGUGUUUCAAAAUACGUGUGUGCAAAGUCAAUAGAUUAAAGACUUUUUAAUUCCCCCUCCCCUAAUUUUAUUUAUAGACUAUGUACUUGUCGAAAUGUGGGCCUCUACCUUAAUAAGCAGAAUUCAUUCAAUCCAUUUUGCUUGUUUAUGGUUAUCAUUUUUUAUCAAAUAUUUUUAUGGAAAGUCGUCUAUAGUUCCGUUCCUUUAUCAUGUAUAAGACCGACCCAGGUCUAUCUCUUGGCCAAAUUAAGUUUAAUAUGAGAGGUCGUUUCUUAUACAUAAGUCCAUCUUGUGUCUAAUCUAUAUCCCGGAAUUCUGCCCGAACUGAAUGAAAGCUGACCAAAAUCCUAAUUCGACGGACACAAAAAUCAUUUUUUUCUUUAUAUACUCGAUAUUAAUUCACAUGGACCAGUUGUUCUUACCUUUAUACAGUGCGUAUCAAAAAAAAGUUUACACUUUGAAAAAGCCCUUGG